GGUCCCACCUCCUGAACCACGUUCUGCACACGCGAUGUGGGCCGGAGUUGAAUAGAUUACUCUGAAAUUCUCUCUCCAUUUGCACAACUUUCUUUCAUCCACUAUCUUCAAUCCUUAUCAAGCCCCGAUCUAAAUCUAACUAACAGCAAGUCAAAUUCCAGUCGAAGCUGAAUUCUCAGAUCGGCCUUCGGUGGUGCGUCUUCAAAUCUUUCUUUUGCUGUGUCUUCAGAUAUGAUGUUCAAUACAACAAUGAGGGUGAACUAGCUCAAGCCAUAGUUUCAAGGAUCUGCUUUGUGUUUUGUGGUAGUGUUCCUUAUCUAGUCAAUGGCUUUGUCGUCAACCUCAAAAAGGAGGUUCUGGGCAGCCUUCAUCUAUGUGGUUCUUUCUUCACCUGCAUGUUCUGGGUUUUAUCUGCCGGGAAGUUACAUGAACACAUAUUCAAAUGGUCAAGUUAUAAAUGCCAAAGUCAAUUCAAUGACUUCUAUUGAAACGGAACUGCCCUUCAACUAUUACAGUCUUCCUUACUGCAAACCUAGUGAGGGAAUUAAGAAAAGUGCCGAGAAUCUCGGAGAACUACUUAUGGGUGACCAGAUCAACAACUCUCCUUAUCGUUUCCGAAUGAAUAAAAAUGAGUCUCUUUACCUCUGCACUACUACCGCACUAAACGAGCAUGAGGUAAAGCUUUUAAAACAGAGAAGCCGUGAUCUGUAUCAAGUGAAUAUGAUUCUUGAUAACUUACCUGCCAUGCGGUUUGCCAACCAAAAGGGGGUUAAAGUUCAGUGGACUGGGUUUCCAGUUGGGUACACACCACCUAAUAGUAAUGAUGAUUACAUCAUCAAUCACCUCCAGUUCAAGGUUUUGAUCCACGAGUAUGAAGGGGCUGGUGUUGAGAUAAUUGACACUGGAGAAGCAGGUAUGGGUGUAAUUUCAGGAGCUGAUAAGAAGGCAGUUUCUGGGUAUGAGAUCGUGGGUUUUGAGGUUAACCCUUGCAGUGUUAAAUAUGACCCUAAGAAGAUGACAAAAUUACAUAGGUAUGAUGGCAUUACGGCUGUUAAGUGUCCAAUGGAGCUUGACAAGUCUCAAAUAAUUAGAGAGCACGAGACAGUAUCAUUUACUUAUGAGGUGGAAUUUGUGAAGAGCAACAUCAGAUGGCCAUCUCGAUGGGAUGCUUACUUGAAGAUGGAAGGUGCCCGUGUCCAUUGGUUCUCAAUCAUGAACUCACUGAUGGUGAUCUUUUUCUUAGCCGGUAUUGUUUUUGUUAUCUUCUUAAGGACAGUGAGAAGGGACUUGACUAGGUAUGAGGAAUUGGAUAAGGAAGCUCAGGCACAGAUGAAUGAGGAGCUUUCUGGGUGGAAGCUUGUUGUUGGUGAUGUGUUCAGAGAACCUAAUCACUCAAAGCUACUGUGUGUUAUGGUUGGAGAUGGGGUCCAGAUUACAGGGAUGGCAGUUGUCACUAUUGUAUUUGCUGCCCUUGGUUUCAUGUCACCAGCUUCAAGGGGUAUGCUGUUGACAGGGAUGAUAAUUCUGUAUCUUUUCCUGGGAAUUGUGGCUGGUUACAUUGGUGUACGUUUGUGGAGAACUAUCAAGGGAACAUCAGAAGAGUGGAGGUCGGUUUCUUGGUUGAUCGCAUGCUUCUUCCCUGGAAUUGUCUUCCUAAUUCUCACUCUGUUGAAUUGCAUUCUUUGGGGCAGCAAUAGUACUGGUGCUAUUCCUAUUUCCUUGUACUUUGUUCUCUUGUCACUCUGGUUCUGCAUUUCAGUGCCUCUAACCCUCUUGGGAGGAUUAUUAGGGACACGAGCUGAGGCUAUUCAAUACCCUGUUCGAACUAACCAGAUUCCAAGGGAGAUUCCUGCUCGUAAAUAUCCAUCCUGGCUUCUUGUUCUUGGUGCUGGAACCCUUCCUUUCGGAACCCUCUUUAUUGAACUUUUCUUCAUCCUUUCUAGCAUCUGGCUUGGAAGGUUCUACUAUGUGUUUGGUUUCCUGCUUGUUGUCCUCCUAUUGUUGGUUACUGUUUGUGCCGAAGUUUCUGUGGUCCUUACAUACAUGCAUCUCUGUGUUGAGGAUUGGAUGUGGUGGUGGAAAGCAUUUUACGCCUCAGGUUCUGUUGCUCUGUAUGUCUUCUUGUACUCCAUCAAUUACUUGGUUUUUGACCUUAAGAGUUUGAGUGGACCAGUGUCAGCUACGCUUUACCUUGGCUACUCACUGAUAAUAGCAAUUGCAAUCAUGUUGUCUACUGGCACCAUUGGCUUCCUGACUUCCUUCUGCUUCGUCCAUUACCUUUUCUCAUCGGUAAAGAUUGAUUGAAAGUUUCCUUUGGGAACCUCAUUGGCCAUUUGAAGGCUCUUGGUGCAUAUGAAGGGAUGGUCUUCUUAGUCCAAAAUUUUCCUUUCGCCAAAUUCCCUUUGAUACGUGAUCACGUUGAACCAUAUAAGAAGGCUAAAGGUGAUUUGGCAAUUUCAUUGAAUGCCUGUGAUCAUUUCUUCUUGGGAGGUUAGAGAAUUCGAUAGUAUACAAAUUGUGAUUUAGCUCUUCUGAUUGUAUUCUCCUACCCAAACUCUUUUGUAAUGGGUUGAACUUCAUAGCCCUGUAUGUUUUUAUCACUUAUUGUUAUACCUUGCUAUUACUUUGUUUAGUUUAAGUUUUUCGAUAAUAAUGGGAAGGUCAAAGAAUUCGGUGAUUCAAAUGAGACCCAUGUCAUUUGUGCCAUCUUGAAGAAUAAAUGUUUUCUUGUCAUCCAUUUGGGAUCUGCUGAAG